AUGAGAGAAAACCCCGCAAAUAUUGCAAGAAGCGGGAUAUUAUUAGAAGUCAAAGGCGAAACUGAACUCCAAUACAAAGGAAAGAAAAUUGACUAUUUAUUUUUAGACAGACAAUUAGCAGCCAAAUUAGGAGGGGCAACAGAACUUUUACACCAAGUAACUUAUGAUAGCAUUAGAGGAGGAGCAAAGUGUGACAUUCCCUCUGCCACCAUUUUAGAACUUGGCAAUAAUGCUUUUUUGACUGACGAAAACACAAUAGAGACUGAUGCCAUAAAUGCCAUAAGUAGUAGUGAAGAGAAUAAAACCCAAACGGCUGAACUUGUUGAACUUUUAGAAGAAUGCCAAGCAGCCGCUACAAACGGCGACGAAAUUGCCAACGAAAUGGGUAAACUUUUGCAAGAUUUGAAAGCAAGGUUAAGAGGGUUAUCAACCAACGAAGAAAACAACGAAGAAAACAACGAAGAAAACAACGAAGAAAACAACGAAGAAAACAACGAAGAAAACAACGAAGAAAACAAACUAACCUUAGAAGAAAUACAUGAAAAAAUUAAAUGA